AUGAGGCUAAAUCUGAUAAUGACAAUUAGCCUGGUGGCCAACUUAACGGUACCAUUAUCCUGUCAUCCCCUGGAUAGUAAAAUGAUGAAGAGCCAGUUCCACCGUGGUUCAAUCACUCUGACGGUACCCGAGGCCUCUUGGUGCAAACUUACCAUUAUUCCCGUGGAAGUUGACCCACAGCAAGAAUAUGUAAUUAUACUGAAUUUCGGUGACCGAAAGAGCCAAAGUACUGGGUCUCAGCAAUGGACUUGUCCAGAGAAGUGCUUUUCUACUUCCCUCUGUUGCUCGGUUUUCUCACUUCAAAACCAUCUUUCUGCGGUGGCAUGUGAUAAUAUGACUGUGGUGUUUUCCAAUUCCAUUGAUGACCCGGCUCAGUCUAACCAGCUUCCGGUAGAAGACUCAGAAAUCCCCAGGAUUCUGUCUUUGCCUCGCAACAUUAAGAUGGGGGAUCCCACUAAUGCCUCGAUAUCGAUGAAAACUGGCACUCAUCUAACAUUCCUGGAGCAUACUACAUGCCCCUCCACCAAUUACACUUUCCUCGACAGUAUCAUCCGUAGAGAACCUGGCAAACAGAAUUUCUCGUUGUCGAUAUCCAGUCUACUGGACCACAGCUUCAUUGUGAGGAUUCCCGACAUCAGAGUCGGAGGAGCAAUUGCUGUGAAAACAUAUCCUGUUGAGGUGAACCAAGGAAUUCUUUUGCUAAAAGCAAAUGGCGAAUAUGCCACCAGGGAUCUGGGAUUCCGAAUUCAUGCUUUUUCCGAAAAUACUGCCUCUGUAAUGGUGGAUUUUGGGGAUGGCUCACCUAUCAUUUGCAACAACACAGAGGAGGAGACCUAUGAAGUAGAGAUUACUGCCCAUCAUCACUACGAGAAAGAGGGUAUAUAUAUGAUCAGAGUGAUUGCUUUCAAUGAGUUUUACCGAAUCGAGGAUGAGCUAGGACCCUAUUAUGUUGAAAUGGCCCCAGAAGACUUAUCCGUGUCCGUGAAUUCGAGCAGUAUCCAGAAGGAUGAACUGAUUCUCUUUACCGCAUCUCAACUGAACAUCAUCCACAAGUUUUCAUCCGUUUCAACUUAUAAUGUGACCUUAAUCGCGUGGAAUAGGGUGGGAAUCUGCCAAGCGUGGACCUUGGUGACUGUUCUGGACGGUAUCCAGUCUGUUUCUGUUUUCACCAAUGGGACAGUAUUUGCCACAGAUACGGACAUCACCUUUUUUGCUCUGACAACUGAAACAAACCCGCUAGAAUUUCUGUGGUAUUUUGGAGACAGGAGUCCACCAGAGAGAACAACUUCAAGAACCAUAACAAAAAGAUAUAGCGUUCCCAAUAGCUAUCAGGUGCUAGUUAAUGCUUCCGAUAAGAUCAGCUUUAUCACAUCAGACCCCCACGUUGUCUGCAUUCAAAGGAAAAUCGUGCCCAAUCGGCUCGUGUCCAGAGCAUCGGUCCUGAUAAAUUCCAGUUUGAAUUUCGAGUGCAGGAUUAACUUUGGAACCAACGUCACUCACCUAUGGAACUUUGGAGAUGGCAGCGUACGGCCAGGAAAGAGCACUGAAAGCCACAUAUAUACUAGGGAAGGAGAAUAUACAGUGGAGGUACUUGUGGUGAAUAAAGUAAGUUCAGCUUCACUGAGCAAGCAAAUCUUUGUUGUGCGAGAACCAUGCCAACCCCCUCUGUUGCAAAACAUGGGCCCCGGGAGGAUCCAGAUUCGACGGCAUGAGACUGUUACGUUGCAAGUUACCUUUGCAGCUGCUAUUAUGUGUAACAUUUCCCAAGGCCUCCACUAUCACUGGAGUUUAAUGAAGUCCAAUGGCUUUCUGAUGCUGUUGCCACCUACUAUCGACAACCACAAGCAAACCAUUCUUCUUCCACGCUACUUUCUGGACUAUGGAAAUUAUUCUGCAAUUGCAAAGGUUCAAAUAGGAGGAAGCGUGGUGUAUAGUAAUUACACAGUUCAGAUGGAGGUUUUACCCAGUGACCUGGUCAGUACAAUUUCUGAGGGUACGCAUCUGUUUGUCUCCAAGACGACAUCUUUCAUCAUCACCCUCAAUGGCUCAGAAUCUUAUGAUCCCGACAACCCUGGUGCUAGAUUACAGUAUUAUUGGAAAUGCGCUCCAGCGAGUAGACAACAGCAACUGUGUUUCAACUCCUCAGGGGAGCCACCCUUCAAUAGCAGUGCGCCCGUCAUCUCCUUCCCAGCGACACUUCUCGAUAACACUUACGACCAGUUUCUGGUGAUGUUAACCGUAUCCAGUGGCCACCGUAUCUCCUCUGAAGCCCAGCUGUUCUUAUCCAUUUCAUCAGGCCCCACACUGAGAUCAGUACAUAUUUCAUGGGUCAGCUCUAAAGGCAAUUCUGGAAACUGGAAUGAGGAGCUUUCUUUUAAAGUUACCUGUGAAGACUGCGGUCAAAUACUUGAUAUUUCUUAUAACUGGAAUCUUUAUUUGAUCAAUGCAACAGAGCCAAAUGAUAUCGAAGAAGAAAAAUUGAAGCUGAAGUCUAUACCAUUUUGUAGCACAGUGGAUUUUCUAGGCACGUCGGUCUUCCUGAGUCAGUUUUUGACUGUUCCACAAGAAACACCUGCAGUGCGUGCUCCAAAGACAGAUGCGGCUUCCCCAGGGAUACAAAUGAUUGAACCCACUCCUACAUCCAUGCCAUUCUCACAGCGAACUUCUGGGAAGCCGUUCAGUGAGCCGGCUUUUCUUGUGGAAAAAAGCCCGGGCUCAGUGGCCACCUCAGCCUCCACCGAUUCCUCGAGCAGCCUGGCAACUGGAGUUCAUUUGAUCCUUGCAGCUGAUGUUCCUAUAGAGAACAGCAGUUUUUCAGACGCAGGUGAUCUCAUGCAGUUUGUGUUACCUUACUCAGACCCGGGAUUAAUUGAAGAAGAGUUUCUGGGUCUCAGAGCUUCCCAGAGUGAAAGAUCAUCAGAAAGUGUAUCUGCUAAAUAUCCACUCAUAAGUAAACUUCACCAUCUUUCUUUAAAUAUAAAUGCCUACCGAAUGUAUAGACCCCGUUUAAUUCCAGGGGAUUUAGAUACCCUUGUCCUAAAGGGCAGCCAAGUCUUUAAAAUCUACUUAAAGAAGUUGGAGUCGGAAAGCUCAGCCCCUAAGUUGAAUUUUGACAUUUAUUAUGAAAACAUCAAGGAAGCCGUGGAACCACCACAGGGAAGACAGCCAGCUGUGGACUCUUCCCAGGUCCUGUCUGAACAUGGACACUCUUUCCAUCCUCCAGAAGCUGAGGUGGAAGGAGGCUGGGGGCAUAAAAUGAAGAUGCUUGAUAGAAAGAUUUCCAGGUAUACCAAUAGUAUUUCAGGACCAGUUAUAAAUGAAGAAACAAACUCCUUUCCUGAUGAAGAAGAAGGUUAUAAUCUCAUUGAUUCUUACUAUUCUACUGACAGUGCUGGAUCGUCACUUAUGGUUGAUUGGUCUAAAUCACCCAUUGAUACAGAUGUUUUUCAAAGUAUAACUUCAUCAGGUAUCACAUCCCAGAGAGUGACAAUUAAGCCAUUUGUGUUGCGAGGUGGAGAGAUGUACAUGAUACAAGCUUCUGUGGCCUCAAACCACCAUCUGUUAGGUAAAGCACAGUUAUAUUUCACUGUCAAUGAAAUUCCGCAAGGGAUGACCUGCGAAGUACAGCCCAGCCGUGGUUACGAGGCUGAUACGAUCUUCAGUGUCUUCUGCACAUCAGGCAAAGCGGACUUCCAUUAUGAAUUCAGUUACUCUAUCGGAAACUCCUCCAGAAUACCUCUGUACCGAGGGAGAGAUAUCCAGUAUUAUUUUACUUUGCCAGCUGGUGAGCCGUUAGAUGAUUACAGAGUAACGAUUUUCACUGAGGUAACCAAUGGGCAUGGCUCAAAGUCACAACCCUGUGCUGUUGAUGUGACUGUGUUGCCAAGAUUUGUUAGAAGCACGUCUUCUUCAAGUUACAGCCCCAAGGAAGAUCUAUAUAGUUCAGGUCUGAAAAAUCUUUCCACCCUUUUACUGAUGGGUAGCUAUACAGAAAUUAGAAAUUACGUCACCGUACUUACCAGAGUCCUGAAUCGUUUAUAUGCGGAGGACAGAAGCAUUGAUCCAGACCAGCCAUCGCAAAUAAGAAGCGCAUUGAUUUCUUCAGUAUGCAACUUGCCUUUCCAAGAUCAGGAAGAACUUAUGGAUUCUGUUCUAAUGCUGACUGAUCUUAUAAGCACUGCCACACAGGUAACUUUCAGUAGCGCAGCACAGGUCAUCAAAUACAUAAAACAAUUCACUAACCAUAACACAUUCUCUGGCAUGUUUGUGUUGGAUAAAGAGCUGACCACUAAGUUGGUCUUUCUGGCAUCUGGUGUCUUGAAGAUUUCUGAACAGGAAGAAUCUACGCAUGCUGAAUAUCUGAUGUCAGAGGGAAGCAAGGUCAUCACAGAUGUGACACUAAGAUAUAUCUCCAUGAGUGAGGAAAAUCAGAUUAGUAUCAGCACGGGACAAGUAGAACUUCAGACCACUCUGCAUUCCACCUUUGAGAGUACCAAGCUCACCGCUGGCUCCACCAAGUUCCUCUUACCAAAUGCUUUGGCUCGGCAAGUCGUUCCUAGAUCUGGAUUGUUCAAACAGUGCUUCAUCAGCCAACUAAUAUACUUCAGGAAAAAUCCAUAUUUCUGGAGACGGGCUCCUGUUCAGAUCACCGGGGAUGCUGCCGAUCUGAGCCUCUACAACUGCACUAGCAGAAGAAAGAUCGAUGUACGGAGACUUGUCAAUCCAGUCACGGUAGAGUUUGAAAGGAAAGAUACUGAGGGAGAAAGCAUCAGUGAGACUCCAGGGAAAUUGGGGAAUAAUGAGAACAGGACAAUAUUUUCGUUGUCUCGGGACAAAACCAACUUCCAUCAGUUCAGCUGGCUUCCUAAAAGCUCCCAAGAAUCUUUGCAAAUCAUAGUGGAAUUUUCUAAACCAACCUCGAGGACUUUCCCUGUGCUGCUGUUAGUGAGGUUCUCGGAAAAACCGACUCCUCUCAUUUUUAACGUGAAACAGACUCACUUCUGGGAUCAUCAAGUUGUUCAGAUAUUUGUACCUGCAGUUGCUCUGAAAGGUCCUGGAUCUGGGUAUUUGUCAUUACUAGAUGCUGAUUAUAACAGAAAACCCCAAAAUAAGUACCUUGCUAGCGUGGCGAACUACACAGUCAGUGUGCAUGGAAUCCAGUGCUUACUUUGGGAUAUUGAAAGAGAGUGGAAAUCGGGUGGCUGCCAUCCACAGCAGGGAACUAUUUUAGGAAAUAUCAACUGCAGUUGCAACCAUUUGACGACAUUCACUGUGGUGAGCAGAAAGUUAAAUACCAGCCUCGAAACGGCAGGAGUGUCCCAGUAUCGGAGCACUGGUAAAAACAUUUUCCCCUGUAUGUUCCUUUCAUCUUUUGGGAUUCUUUACGUUGUUCUGGCCAUUGUGAGCAAAUUCACAGAUGUCCAUGAAGAAAAGAAAAAGGGUUACAUUUUCCUUCAAGACAACAUGCCAACAGACCGACAGCAGUAUGCAAUUUUCGUCGACACUGGUUUCAGAUCCCGCGCCCAGCUUUCUGCCAAGGUCCAUAUUGUUUUGUACGGUGAAGAUGGCCUUUCUGAAACUAGAGAACUCUCCUGUCCAGAGAAGCUCCUGUUUGAAAGUAAUUCCCGACACACCUUUAUAUUGAGCAUUCCAGAGAGUCUGGGCCCUCUGUGGAAAAUCCACCUCUGGCACAAUAACAGCGGACCCUCUCCGAGUUGGUACGUGAGCCGUGUGAUAGUGAAAGACCUGAUGACAGGAGCUCGUUGGGUCUUCCCCGCCGAGUGCUGGCUGGCUGCCGAUAAGGGAGACGGGAGAGUGGAACGGGAAUUUACCUGUCUCCGUCGUGGAUUGGACUUCCGAAAGCUUUUAUAUUCAAAGUUCACAGAAUAUCUAGAGGAAUUCCACAUCUGGUUCUCAGUUUAUAGCCAUCCAUCUUAUAGCUCUUUCACCCAGACCCAGAGGCUCACGGUCUGCUUUGUCUUGGCACUUGGAUACGUGUGUUUUGACGCUCUUCUAACUCACCUGGAACCAGAAGAGCUUUCGCCUGAACUUGGCCUCAUCGAGAUCUCUGCGGACACCAUGAUGAAGGGCACUCUCUCCACUCUUAUCAUCCUUCCCGUGGCUUUAUUAUUGUCCUUCCUUUUCAGGUUCAGUGAGCGCCGAAUCAGUGACCAUGGCUUUGGUGGAGACCAGCAUAAAUCUCUAAGGGGAUUUCAGAUGCACACAAGUGAGGGUCGUAAUUCCCACCAGUGGUGUCAGGAUUUAUGCAAGAAAGAUGAGGGUGGGGUGCUGAACUCAUUGACUCCGGGCAUCCCAUCUGGAAGCUUCUCCGGGAGAGCGGAGAGAGAAAGCGGUCUCACCUCGGAAAGGAUCCCUUCGGGGUUUGAGGCCAGCCAUCAGCCUACUCAAAAGUGGAGCCAUGGUCACCAUCCUUUAUACUCAUCAGAGUCCAGGAGCACCUUUCGACCACCCGUUCCAAGAAGACAAAUGGAGCUACCUCCCUGGUGGCGUUAUGUGGCGUGGGCCAUCUGUGGACUCGUUUCCUUGACCUGUUUAGUGAUAACGGGGCUACUCGGAUUCGGGUUUGGUCCUUCAAAAUGUAUCAUUUGGCUCCACUUGGUGUUCUUCUCUAUUGUGACCUGCAUUUUGGUUAUCCAGCCCUUUGGGAUCUUGGCCGUCCGACAGCGAACCCGCCACUCGCGCUGGGCCCGCCCUCCCGCUCCAGCCCAGCUCAAAGAAGCUAAGGAGAGACUCCGAAAAGAAACAGUCAUUCAGGAGACUCUCAAAGAAUUUUUCCUACACACCCUUAUGUUAUUUCUGCUCUUGUUUAUAAUACUUGGAAGCAUUUCCAAGGAAGAAUAUUUUCUGAACCAAGCCAUCCGGAAUGAAUUUACCAGAAAUACCCAAUACACCUUUGGUGAUGUAAAGGAUGUUGAUGGCUGGUGGAAUUGGAGCCUGGCAACUUUACUAGAUUCCCUGUAUAAGGAUAAAUGGCAAAACCCCAGUGGACCCAGAACUGAGUUAAAUUUUCUCAUUUCCUGCCUGCUCGAAGAACAAUUUAACAUCUUUCAAUCUGGCCCUAACGGAGGUAACUGCUAUCUAAUCGGCACAGCAGUGCUUCAACGGCUAAAGGUUCCAGGUGACUAUGCAUGUGAGAUCGAUGGAUGCACCCUGGUUUUGGAGACCAGAUGGGCAGCUGAUCUGCUGGAGGGUCUUGGUUAUAAGCUCUUAGCACAAGUUUCAGGCCAGUUUUCAGAUGACUUUGAAGAUCAGCUUCUGGGAUACGACCCAAGAGUUCAACCUUCCAACGGGACUCGGGAUCAUGAGAAGCGGAAAAUGUGCCAAACAGGAAGAUCUCGUCUCUGUGGUCAAGUGGCCUGCUAUGAGGGCAGUAGCUCAGCAGUGACCCUGGGUAGGACAAGGACAGAAGCUUAUUCUAUUCUGACCAACUUAAAGAGGAGCAGCUGGCUAGACACGACAGCAGGAGCAGUAGCAGUACAAUUUGUCCUCUACAAUCCUCCUACCAACCUCUUCACCAGUGUGGUCCUGCUCGUUGAAUUUCCAUCCGCAGGGCGUCUCAUUCCAUCACUACGCGUUGAGUCGGUGGACAUCUACCGCAUCAAUUCUGUUUCAAGUUACUGUGUCAGGGUUUCAGAGUUGGUUUUCCUAGGGCUCAUGCUUCUCCAUCUCUGUUCUCAACUGUGGAUUAUGAAUCAGAAGAGCAUACUAAGUUACUGUCAAGAAACUUGGAAUUGGCUGGAGUUCUCCAUCAUUGGAUUGAGUUUUUUUCUCCACGUGUCCCAGAUGUAUCACUUUGUGCUUGCUGUAGAUGUCAUCGAUCAGCUCCAUAAAGGAUUUUUCCAAGAAUUUGUUGACUUUAGUUUUAUUGCAUCCUGGGGCCAGAAGGCUCGAUGUCUUCAAGGAAUCCUGUCAUUCUUCCUGUUGAUCAAAUGUAUCCGUCUGCUUGGCGUUCACAAACCAAUGGCUUCCUGCUCAGUAAUGCUAUGGCUUUCCUGCUCUAGAAUUACCAAGACAGUGACACCUGAGCCCAACACCUGCCAUUUAACCACCUUCUUCAGGAUGACAUUCAACACAAGAGUUAACGUUCCGAUGCAUGUGCCUGGACCAGCAGGGAGUUGCCAGGACAGCGUUUCAGUAGCCACUGAGGACUUAACCACCCACGUUAGCCAGCUAUUUUCAGGAUUGCUGCUGGGCCAGCAGAAACUCUGGGUGUUUCUUCGGUCAGAAACCUUCACCAGUAAUGGCAAGAGCCCCAGAAGGCAGAGAGCCAUGCUGACGCUUCCCCUAGAAGGUCUAGCAGCUAGAGGACAGGCCCAAGAAGCGUCUAACAGCUUCGAAUUGCCGUUCUGCCGCUUGCCUGAUGCGUCCUUUGACAAGCCAGUUAACCUUUCGGUUCCUCAGUUUCCUCAUCUAGAAAUUCUGCAAAAUGGAGAGAUUUUCCUUUCCUUGCAGUUGGCUGCUGUCCUGCUUACAAUGGCUUAUUCGUAUCUUGGGCGGUUUCUGCUCUUAUCCAAUGCCUUGGUAUUUGACAGUCUCAUCGGCUCCAUCCAGACACUACUGUUGGAUUUUCUGGGAAUCCUGGAAAGAGAAACAGUCUUACUUUUCCACAAAUCCAACUGUUAUGUCACAGUGUGCUAUUAUGGAACCUUUCUCAUAGUGAUGUUCUUUCUAUGGGAUUUAAUGAUGAGAGGAGUCCUCACUAGUUUUGCCAGAGAUGCAAAGAAAUCUCUCCGAAAUAAGCAGCUCAUCAGGUUUGAGGAAGUCAUUGCCUACCUCCAGGAGAAGAUGUCGUCUUUACUAGGACUUCAAAGCCGAACACCAGGCCCUAGUGGCACCCUGGAAUGCAAUACUUUCUACCUGGAUGAGGUUGAACGGUUGAUGGACGAGCUACUCUUCAGAAUUACUGCCUUAACAAACGGCCUCGGUGCCUCUCUCCCAGAACAAUCCCACACCGAUCCAGAAGGAGGGAAUGAUUUUUUAGUACCUCACACUGAUCGUCAGCAUUCUAGCCAAGCUCAUGGUAGGAGUCUUUUGGAUUCACACAAUCAAGCAAAAUCUAGAUCGUGUGUGAAGCGCCAUUAAAGUUUUGGCAAAAUGUGAUUGGUGAAAGUGACUGAGCCGGGAGAUGGGGUGAGGGUGGCUGGGCUAAAGCUGAUCGGGAUUA